UACUUCCUGAUCUAUUUAUGGUCCAAGUCAGACGUUUCGUAUAAGGGAAUCAGGGGAGGAAAACUUUGGGAAUGAAUACGACAGGAUGACUCCGGGAGACACUAUUAGACUGAGGUCAAGAGACAGAAAUAAUCUUCAGGUGCGGAAGGUGGGAGGGGGGCUGAGUGUCAGAGAACCGAGUGGCGCGAAUCCGCAAGAGGUGGAUCCGAGGGUGUCACCUUCCUCCUGUGACAAGUGCUCCUGGGACACAAGUGACAGCUACAAAUCAUUCAUCUUUCUUAUUAUAUCAGAUUAUAUCAGUAGGAAAUGAUUCAAGACGAGCCUGACAGAGCUCCUACGGGGAAAUCGUGUAUUUUAUUCACUAUCGGAGGAAAGAAAACGAACGUGGUCACUUUCAGUUCUGCCUUUGUUCCGCUGUUUUUAUGAAAACACAUGCACUGAUGAUGUGGGGGGAAAACCCUAUCUGUCUGUCUCUGAUUCAUGUGACUUCUGUCCAGUGUGAUCCCGUAUUUCUUUUUGUCCCUCAGACACAUGUAAAUGGCCUGCAGGGGUGCGAGCAGGGUGCCCAGGGAGACUCGCCCGCUCCGACGGCCGCCCGACCUCAGCGCGCUCAUUUCCGCUCCGGAGCCAGAAUAGAUCAAUCUUUUUUAAUUCUAGAGAAAAUAAAUCCUCCCCACAGGAAGAUGGCAAGCUGUCAUUAAGCGCUGCCUUCCUGGCGUGGGCAGCGGGAGCGCCUUCACGAACCCCGUCAUAUGCACCGGCAAAUUAGAUGCCUUUGCUAAACCAGUCAGAGGAGUGGGGAGAGCUGAAUGCGUGUUUGGGGUGCCGGGGCGGUGCGGAAGACACACACCUCCGAGGUGCGGAUAAAUAGCUUCUGUACGCUGGGUAUCCUGAUCCAGACGCUUUAUCACGGAAAGGAGACUGCGCUAAACCUUGCUUACAUUUAUUCGCACCUUCUGCCUUGGCUGUAAAUGAGAAAAGGAUGAAGAUCGCUGUGAUCAUUGUGUGUUUGCUGCAGGGCACAGUCCUCUCUAACCCGGUUUCCCGGAGAAACGUCCCGGACGAGGCUGGAGAGAGGAUGGUGGCAGAUCCUUCGCGUCAGAGUCUACAUGAGACACACUCGCAGAGUUCGUCCAAGCAGCAGUCGAAUGAGCAAAGCAAAGCUUCUGAAUCUACGAGCUCCCAAGAGAACACUUCAGAGAAAACGGCCUCAGAUUCAGUCCAAAGCACCUCCGAGGACAAGACAUCAGAAGAGUUGAACGGUUACCUUCGAGAUAAGAGCCAUUCCAACGAGGACGGGGACACCCGCGACGACAGCCGCGGAAGUCGAGAAGCGUCUCGAAACCGAUUCUACCGGAUCUUCAGAGUCAAUGCUGUAGGCGCAGAGGAUGGCACCAAUCCCACGGACACCCAGAAUCAGUCUCCCAGCUCGGAGGGCACCGACGAGGACCUAGACUCCAUCGUCAAGCCCACGGAGGCUGACAGCGUGGAGAGCGCAGAGGGCAGCGACAGUAAAGCCGAGGGCAGCGACAGCAAAGCCGAGGGCGACGCCAGCUACGCGCAGCCCUGUCAGCAGUUCGGCGGCGAAAAUGACGACGACAGCAAAAGCUGCGAAAGCGAUUCCUCCGAGGACAUAGGCGACGACGAGCAGAGACGCGCCUACGAUUUGCUGACUUACGAACACUACUACAAGAGAUAGGCGCAUGCGCGCAGAAACUGUGUGCUGCUCUACGUCUAGAUGCGCCCAUUCAGGGAAGCAGAUUCAGGGUGUGGGCAUGUGACAGGCGUCAGGAUUAUCAGUCGCAAAGUAUUUGUCAUAUUUGGCUGCUGUGUUGAAUAUAUAGCAUUAAGUUUAACGUUGUCGAAACUAACUAGCAUUUUUACUUUAACCGAUUUUUUUUUAAUUUAACCGAAAUGCCUAUUAAGUCUUCUUUCACAAUAUACAAGUAAGCAGUAAGGUGCAACCUGUAUAAAAGAUCUUUUUGAGAUUACCCAGUGUAGCCUAUAGGGCUAUUUGGUGUUGAAUUAAACAUGCUGUGUUUUAUCAAGGUAUACGUAUUAGUUUAAUGUAUCUGAAAAAUAAGAGAAACGUACAGCAAACUUCAAUCAUGAAGCUAUGGUGCUAGGUAUACGGAUAAAAGAGAACUGAAAAGUACUUUAAUUAUAAACGGUGCCCGGCGUAACCAGUGCUAUGUCAGAAUGAUAAACAAUAAAUAUUAUGGUUACGGAAAGUUAGCCUUCUGACCUGGGUUUGUCCCAGGAAGCGAAACUGACACGCAGUAGUAAGCAUUUUUUCCGGUAAAAUCUUUAUGCGUACAAUAGUCAGAUAAACAAGGCACCUUCCCACUACCAAACCAGUCGCUGAUUUCAGAGGUGGCUUAACUGAGCAUGACUGAGCUGUGCUCUGUACCUCUGUGAAACUUGCAGCCUGUGGAACAGGAAGGGGCUGGUGCCAAAUUUAGCGGAGUGGGGGUCCGUCCCUAGGGUCCGGAGGCUACCCGGGCAUCGUGCAAUCACAGGGAAAUGCAUGCAGACGUUCAUUAUCAUGCAGCUGGUGCAUUCUGUGCUCUUGAAGUUUAUCAUCUACUAAUUUCCAUUAAUGCAUUUCCUUGGAACAGGAAGAGCGAUCUUGGGCACAUUUUUCUUGCCAAUUUCAGGUGUGAAACGUUCUCAUUUCUCACUGAAUGCAACUGUGUUACGGUGCUGAUGUGUGGGGAAUUUCGCAUGUUUGCAUGCUCCUGCCCCUGUCAUACAGACAUGUGUGGUGCUUAAGUAUUUGUUUGCAGUGUUUUCAUGACGUAUUUUUUAAAUGUUUAUGGAAUUAAAGAGUGCUUUGUCUAAGUCA